GAGAGAAGGAGGAAAGAAAGACGCCAUGACAAUAAUUACUUCUUAUCCUUGUUCGUACACCAACAAAUCCAAAUUCGAUUAGCCUGCCAGCCUAUCCGACUGAACAGUCUCCACCCACCGUAUCUCCGCCUAUUCGAUUUGGUUGGAAGUGAUCCUGGGAACCCGUGGUUUUGGGCCCAAAAGGAUCGCCUCCGUUUUGCUCAGGGUUCUCGCUGAUCUUUCCCUCCGAUAUUCAAGACCAAAACAACUCAGGGACGCCAGGACAUGGACCAAUCGGGGGCCCAGCCCGGUCACACCUCACCCGCCAUACACGCCUCAAUGUCGACCUCGUCCGAGAUCUCGACCCUCAAUCCAGCUAGGUCCACCUCCGAACCCACACCUCUAAUUGCCACGGCCACAGAUGGCACCGUGGCUACGACUAGCACGACUCAGGUCAUCUUUUCGACGGCCGUGUCGACGGCGUUGGAUUCGACCGUGACAUCCGUAGGAGAGGAGGAACUUGCAUCGCCACAUGGACAAGAGGUGUUCCAAAUUCUCUUGGAAGAAGGCGAUCAUGGUUCUGGUGAGGCCGGGGGCAGCCUCCGAUUGGUGCCUGUGCGUGGCGGAAACUCGGGUACCACGUUGCAAACUAUAGCCACCGAUGUGGAUGGCCAAGUCACCUAUGUGCAAGUGGAGGCUGUGGACGGGUCCGGUUUGUCGGGAGAUGGCCUCUUAGAAGCCAUGGAAGCGGCCAACGUAACUCAGGCGACCGCCGACGUAACCGAAGUCCAGCAAAUCGAGGGACAGACUGAUAAUGAACAAGCUCAUGUGACCACAAUGGCCGAAGUCGUCGAAGGCAUCGAUAUUAUGGAGAUGGCUGAAGUCGAUGAUGAAUCAUCGGGCAUUCAGCAGUAUCUCCUACAGACGCACACCAACUAUAAGAUGGAUCUUCUACAAGCGAUAUAUCAGGACGUAUCCGACAAGGCAUUUGAUUUCCCCAUCUUUUGUCAGGACGGUGUGAUCUGGUCCAACAAACUUUUACUCACUUCCGUGUCCACGUUUGUGAAGAGCAUCCUGAGCGGAUUGGGUGAACAUCUUGAAACCUGCAUCAUCCUGCCCGAACUCACCAAAAUGGAGUUCAUGACUUUUCACAAAGCAUUGUUCGCCCAAGAGAACGACACUACGUUAGACUUCGUGACCCUAAUCAAAGUGGCCGAAAUCCUCGGCGCCGAAUUGAGUUUGACCACGCAUUUCCCGCCAAAUGAGGACGCCUUCCCCGAGAUCAAUUACAAAUCUGUGAUGGAUUGCCAUCAUGAGCGCAAGAAAGUGUUCCACGCCUUAGGAUAUGAUGCUGAGAGUCUGCCCGUUCCGUCGAGUAAAAAGUCUGAUUGGGAUACGGUUUUGAGCUCGCUCUCGUCCGUCCUAAACUCCGAAUAUCCUUGUGAACUUUGCCAAAGAUCCUUCGUCGAUGCUACCAGUUUGAAACACCAUCAGAGCAUGCUUCAUUCUGGUCGGACAGUGGCUGGGUUUGUUAGAGAUCCCUACGCUUACGAAUGUCACGCGUGCCGCAAGACCUUUGCCUACGCGAUUAAUGUCAAAAAGCACAAAUGGUUGUGUCAUGUCAAACCCAAGAAGGAGAUCCUCGCCAAACCAAGCAAGAAGCCUUUGAGUGAAGACUUGAUGGCCAAGCGCCACGUUCGGGCUAAAGAAAAACACGAGGACAUGACUUGCAAAGCGUGUGGACAAGAGUUCAACACAUGGAAGCAAUUACAAGUGCAUAUGAUGGAUCAUACCAACGAGAGGCCAUUCAAAUGUGAAAUCUGCGGACGAGGUUUCAAAGAGCAACAAAAACUACGACGUCAUGCAGUCUGUCAUACUGGAGAGAAGAACUUCUCCUGCAAGUUCUGCGGGAAGACCUUUGGUUUAAGACAUAACAUGAAGGCCCAUGAGCGGAUUCAUGAAGGCCGUGGGAACGAGUGCAAGUUCUGCGGCAAGAACUACACUCAAUCCUCAAAUUUGCGAGACCAUGAGCGGGUUCACGUGCUGAAAAAGCACGUGGCCACCAAUAACUUGGAAAUUCGUGAGAAGCAACAAUUGGCCAAAUCUCGCGGGCGACCCUCUAUCAUGGAAAAACAUCAACGCAUGAUUAAAGAGAAGGAAGGACACAAAGAGGAACUCCUGAAUAAAAGGGCUCAGAGUAAAGGGGAAAUUGUCGAGUCCGAAGGCGAAGAAGAGGACCAAAAUACGCAAGAGGAUAAAAAGGCGUGAAUCGUCUAUAGUAUUUCUGUAUGCAUCCCAAGGUACUAAAAAUAAUUUCUAAUACAUCUAUUUUCAAACGAG